AUGGCCUUUGUUAGCCUGAAGCAGAACCAAGGUGAAUCUUUGAAGAAUUUUGUCUCACGUUUCAAUAUGGAAGCUCUGAGUAUUGAGAACUUCGACCAUAGUGUCGCUAUGAUAGCAUUCCAGAAUGCCCUAAGGCCUGGUCCCUUCGCUCAGUCGUUGGCUAAAACUCCCCAGCUUACAUUUAUGGAUAUUUUAGGCUGGGCCACGAAGUACAUUAAUGUCGAGGAGGUUAUGCAGACAAAAAGAAUAGAGCACACUGAGAAAAAGGAAAAAAAAAAAAAAAGACAUCCUAAAGAGCAUAAGAGCAAGGGUCGAAGGGAGGAUCGAAAGGAGAAGCAUCAUCCUUGGUGGGAGUCGACCAGUUUUUCCCCUCUAAAUGCCUCAAGAGUGGAGAUCCUUGCCACCAUCGAGGACAAGGACUAUCUAAAGAAGCCCCGAUCGAUGAAAACGCCGUCCAACAAAAGGAAUCAGAAUAAGUAUUGCCGCUUCCAUCGAGAUCAUGGUCACGAUACAGAGGAAUGUCACCAGUUGAAAGAAGAGAUCCAGGAACUGAUUAAUCAAGGCUUCCUUAGAAAUCAUGUUUCUAGGGAAGCGGAUCCCUGA